GUUAGUUUUCCUCAGCCAUUCUCACUGAGUUGCAGAAGAGAAGGAGCUGCUGUGCGCCGCUGCUGGGGGGGGGGAGUGGGACCUCUCCUCUGCUCACUCAUGUCUUAGCAGCCGAGCGGUGCCGAGCGGACGGGUCAGACAUCAGCAUGUGGGCCGUGGGUCCACGGGAGGAGCAGACGCGCCCUGCUCCGGGGCCCGAGUGCUGAACAUGCGGGGCGGGACUCAUCCGACCAGCAGCAGCAUCACCUUGGUGAGCCCCGACGCUUCGGACGGCCCGGCGGGCCUGGACUUGCACGACGGCCGCAAGAUGUCGGACCUGGACGACGCCGGAGAGCUGGACAACCUGGAUGCCGGGGAGCUGGUGGUGGAGGAUCGAUGCGGAGGGCUGAGCGACGGCGAGCGGAACUGCGUAGGGGACGUUCGCAUCCCCUUUGCUGAGGUGUACGCCACGGUGGGCUUCAAGGAGGAAGGCGCCAAGGUCUACCUCCCCAAGGUGGCCAUCGUGGCCCGGAUCCUGGAGGUGGAGCGCUUCACCUCCGCUCAGGACCGCUUCAACCUGUCGCACCACAGGAGCGUCAACAAGUCUCUGCCGGCCGUGUUUAAAAUAGAGCUGAAGCACGGUGAGUUCACCUGGAUGAUCAAGCGGAAGGAGAAGCACUUCCUGGAGCUGCACCGGGAGCUGAGGACGUACAAGGCCUUCAUGAUGAUCCCGCUGCCGUCGCGCAGCCACACGGUGAGGAGGAGGACGGUGAGGAAGAGCGAGGUGAGGCAGAUCCCCUCGCUGCCGAGGGGAGGGGGGGACGAGCUGGUGCGAGACGAGCAGGUGUCCAGCAGACGGAAACAGUUAGAGGACUAUUUGAACAAGCUGCUGAGGAUGGACUUUUACCUCCAGUACCACCACACUAUGGAGUUCAUCGACGUCAGCCAGAUGUCCUUCAUUCACGACCUGGGACCCAAAGGACUGGAGGGGAUGAUCUACAAGCGCUCGGGGGGACACCGGAUCCCCGGCAUGAACUGCUGCGGACACACCCAGGCUUGUUACCGCUGGUCCAAACGCUGGCUAGUGGUGAAGGACUCGUGCUUGCUGUACAUGAAGCCGGACUCGGGGGCCAUCUCCUUUGUGCUGCUGGUGGAUAAAGAGUUCAGCAUCAAGAUGGACUCGAAAGACACAGAGACCAAACACGGAGUCCGGAUUGAUACUCUGUCCAGGACUCUGGUGUUUAAGUGCAGCAGCUACAGACACGCUCGCUGGUGGGGUCAGAGCAUUGAGAGCUUCGUGAGGAGUCACGGCAAGGCCUUUCUGCGAGAUCACCGCUUCGGAUCCUUCGCACAGGAGCAGGAAAACAUCCCUGCCAAGUGGUAUGUAAAUGGAAAGACUUACAUGGAGGAUGUGGCCGAUGCUUUGGAGGAGGCUAAAGAGGAGAUCUUCAUCACCGACUGGUGGCUGAGUCCAGAGAUCUUCCUGAAGAGACCCGUGGUGGAGGGCAACAGGUGGAGACUCGACUGCAUCCUCAAACGCAAAGCACAACAGGGAGUGAGGAUCUUUGUGAUGCUGUAUAAGGAGGUGGAGCUGGCGCUGGGCAUAAACUCUGGCUACAGCAAGAGGACGCUCAUGCACCUUCACCCCAACAUCAAGGUGAUGCGUCAUCCAGACCACGUGUCCUCCUCCGUUUACCUGUGGGCGCAUCACGAGAAGAUCGUGGUCGUGGACCAAUCGGUGGCCUUCGUGGGCGGCAUCGACCUGGCGUACGGCCGCUGGGACGACAGGGAGCACCGGCUGACGGACGUCGGCAGCGUGACGCGCUCCGUGGCGCCGGAGCAGGCCGGCUCCACCAACCCCCCGCCCGCUAAGGCCGCGUCCUCCGCCGACGGCGUCUCCCGGGGCAACGGGCGUGGGACGCCGCCCGGCGAGCCGGCCGACCUGCCCAGGCUCAAGGGCAUCGGCCGCAACAGGAGGGCCCGCUUCAGCCUGCACAUCCACCUGCACAAGCACAACCUGCAGCACGCCGACAGCGUCAGCAGCGUGGACAGCGCCGGCAGCGGCUCGGUGCGGAGCCUGAAGACGGGCGUCGGCGAGCUGCAGGGCAACACGCGCUUCUGGCACGGGAAGGACUACUGCAACUUCGUCUACAAGGACUGGAUCCAGCUGGAGAAGCCGUUCGACGACUUCAUCGACAGGUACACCACUCCCAGAAUGCCCUGGCACGACAUCGCCUCGGCGGUGCACGGCAGAGCGGCCCGCGACGUCGCCAGACACUUCAUUCAGCGCUGGAACUUCACUAAGAUCAUGAAGCCAAAGUAUCGCUCCCUGUCUUAUCCGUUCCUGCUGCCCAAGUCUCACUCCACCGCCGAUGAGCUCCAGUACCAGGUCCCCAACUCUGUGAAGACCAAAGUGCAGGUGCUGCGUUCUGCAGCCGACUGGUCGGCGGGGAUCAAGUACCACGAGGAGUCCAUCCAUACUGCCUACGUCCAGGUCAUCGCCAAGAGCAAACACUACAUCUACAUAGAGAACCAGUUCUUCAUCAGCUGCGCCGACACCAGGACGGUCCACAACAAGAUCGGCGACGCCAUCAUCGAACGGAUCGUCCGGGCUCACAAGGAAGGCAGGAAGUACCGCGUGUACGUGGUCACCCCUUUGCUCCCCGGCUUCGAGGGCGACAUCACCACAGGAGGCGGGAACGCCAUCCAGGCGGUGAUGCACUUCAACUACAGGACUAUGAUUCGAGGAGAGUACUCCAUCAUCUCUCAACUCAAAAGAGAGAUGGACGACCAGUGGAUGAACUACAUCUCCUUCACUGGUCUGCGGACUCACGCCGAGCUGGAGGGACGCCUGGUCACCGAGCUCAUCUACGUCCACAGCAAGAUGCUAAUCGCUGACGACAACACAGUCAUCAUCGGUUCCGCCAACAUCAACGACAGAAGCAUGCUGGGUAAACGCGACAGCGAGGUGGCUGUGAUUGUUGAGGACUGUGAAAAGGUGGCUUCUGUGAUGGAUGGACAGGAGUAUGAAGCGGGACCCUACGCACUCCAACUCCGACUGGAAUGCUUCCGAACCAUCCUCGGAGGUCACUCGGACUCCAGCAUUGACGUGUCGGACCCCAUUAGUGAUCGGUUCUAUAAGGAGGUGUGGAUGACCACCGCUGGACGGAACGCCACCAUUUAUGAGAAGGUGUUUCGCUGCCUUCCUUCAUCCUUGGUGAGGAACAUGUCUGAGCUGGAGCACUUCCAGUCCAAGCCGGGCCUGGCGCAGACUGACCCGGCCCAUGCUCACGAGGAGCUGCACAAGAUCCGUGGCUUCCUGGUGCAGUUUCCUCUGGACUUCCUGUCCGAGCACAAUCUCAUGCCCUCGGUCGGGACCAAGGAGGCCAUGGUCCCGACGGAGAUCUGGACCUAAAACCUCUCAACUACACGCCCGGUGGAGCUGUUUGGAGGAUCUUGAGCGGAGUCUCUGGGUUGUGAGGGUCGUUGGACAGGAUGAGCACUAGUAAGGAAUCCAAGACAGAGAUUUAUCGCUGGUACUUUUAGAUUGACAAGACUCAAGGGCGCUGACAAAUCGCUCCGAUCUAACUCUACUGAAAACACUAACCAGCAGUUCCCUUGACGAGGAACCCAUUAAGUUACAGGAUAUAUGAAGAACACGUGAUGUCACCAGUGAUCAGGAAAAACAUACGAUCCUGGGAUUGGAAAGAAAAUUCCAAUGUGAACAAUGUGAACUCGUUGGACAGGAUGGGACCAGGGUGAUGUGGUUAAAUAUACAGUAAACUAAUACAGCACUAAUCAAUAUUCAGCUCUAGGUGAGGCUAAGACGACGAUAGCGCAUGCGAAUCACUGACGUGGUGCUGUCCGGUGUGCGCGUUUGUGUGCUGAAGGCUCCUCCUUGUACAACCGGUCCACAGCCGACAGUUUUACUGGUUCCAGAGUGGUAGAGCAUGAUUUACUAACUUGUGCACCAGUUGUGUGCCAAUCACAGAACAUCACCACUGCUUUAUAUAUAUAUAUAUAUAUAUAUAUAUAUAUAUAUAUAUAUAUAUAUAUAUAUAUAUAUAUAUAUAUAUAUAUAUAUAUAUAUAUAUAUAUAUAUAUAUAUAUAUAUAUAUAUAUAUAUAUAUAUAUAUAUAUAUAUGGCAACAUGGCAAAAGCAUGAUGAGUAACUUCAGAAUGAACGUGUUUGUGCCAGUGGAUGAGACAAUCGUCCAGCGUAUUCAAAUACGCAGUUUCCACUUUCCUCAGCAGAUGGCGCCAGCUUCCAGAAAAUAUUGUCCUCAUACUGUAUGAAUAUGGAUCUCUCAGCUUCUCAGAUCUCAUUGCUUUAGUGUCCAAUGCACCAAACACCAGAAACUAUGUCCAGAAGUUUUAACAUUUUUGUCAUUUUCCAUACACCGUAUUUUGGCAUACAACUAUUUUUGAAGAUGAUCAGGAAGGUGAUUGUUUUAUUUUGUGUGUAAAUAUAAUAUUUCCUGCCAGAACUUCUUAAUGAAUCACCCCCCCUUCCUGGAUAUGAAGUUUAAGAACCACUCAUGCUUUUCUUCAUGUGCUCAUUUCAAUUCAACAAUUGGUUUAAACACAUUGGCUUGAAGGUGAUGAACACUGACUGUGAAGCUGCAGUGAGUCCUGGGUAUUCGGCAACGUGAAUAGCUCCACUUGGCUCGAAUCGUGUGUUUUUACAGUGAAGUGACAGCUUGUAACUAUGCAGUUAUUUGAGGAAACAAUAUAUUCUUUUUUUCUGAAUCGGAUAAAGACAUGUUGUUAAAAUGGGACCAUGAAAUUGACAGAUGUUAAAUGAAGCAUAAAUGUUUAGCUACAUUAUUGUUAUUGAUUUUGGCAGCAUUGCGUAGUUUACCCUUGCUGUGUUUCUCAGUGCGUUAUUUAUUAAAUAUGAAUCAUCCAGCGUUCUUUGAACUCUCAGUAAAUUACCGACAUGUACCAACGACUCUGUACCCGCUGACCUCUGUUUCUCACUUUCAGUGUUUAUGUACAGUUGAAUUUCUAACUUCUAACUUUUCAUUUAACACGAUGUAACUCAUAGUUUAAAUGGCAAACAAAUAAAAUGCUCUUUGGGG